AUGUAUACACCUGGUAUAUGGUCUGACGCUCUCAAAAAGAAAACACACCGUAAACUUCUGGCAGUGGUGCAGCGAAUAGGCGCACUCAGAAAUGCAUGCUCAUAUCGAACGGUGUCCGAACCAGCGAUUCUAGUAAUUGCGGGGACAAUAUCGAUCGAUGUUUUAGCCCAGGAGAAGAAGAAAGUCUUCCUCAAGAAGGCGGAAGUCACAAAGACUGUAGUAAAAGCCGAAGCCAGAGCAGCCACCGUGGAAGAAUGGCAACAACUAUUGAGUCUUGACCACCGAGGAAGAUGGACCAACAGGUUGAUUCUCGAGUUGAGUAACUGGUUAAACCGCAGACAUGGAGAGACGAACUACUAUCUGACGCAAUUCCUCUCAGGCCAUGGUUACUUCCGUGACUGUCUCUACAAGAGAGGAAAAGUCAGCAACCUAAAGUGUGGGUAUUGCGAAGAAGAAGAGGACGACCCGAAACACACUUUCUUUAAGUGUGACCGCUUGGCCGAUCUUAAACACAGGCUAGAGAGUGAGAUAGAAGAAGUAACACCAGAUAAUGUUGUUGGGUUGAUGCUGCUGAACGAGGAAUGGUGGGACCGGGUGUCUACCUAUGUUGAAACCAUCCUUUGCAAGAAGAAGCAAGAGGGGCAACUUAGUGGAUAA